AUGGCUCACCUGGUUGGGCGCGAGGCCAGGAGCGCGCUCAACGCGGAAGAAGUCAGAGGCGGGGGGGCGGGUCUUAUUGCCCGCGAGGAUGAACGCGGACCAGCUGCCGUUGCUGCCUGGCCCCCACCACGUGCCCCGUGGGCGAGCGGAUCUGGACCUGCGGGGCGCGCGGCAAGUUCACCCCUUCAUCCCAACUAUGGGAUUCUCACAUGGUAUAGAGCUAUUUUGGCUAACGCCACCUUCGUCCUCCCUAGGAGAUCCUCGGCCUCUUGCCGGCUUCAUGGUCUUUGCCCCACCAGCCUGCUCUCCUCCCUCAGGCUUUUCCCCGUGGCAUUUGAGGCGCUUGUACGCGCCUACCACUUCGCCCGUCGAUUCCGCUUCCGAAGGCGUUUUGCCCGUCAAUCCCGCUCCCGAGGGCAUUUCGCCCGUCAAUCCCGCUCCCGACGGCAUUUCGCCCGUCAAUCCCGCUCCCGACGGCAUUUCGCCCGUCAAUCCCGCUCCCGACGGCAUUUCGCCCGUCAAUCCCGCUCCCGACGGCAUUUCGCCCGUCAAUCCCGCUCCCGACGGCAUUUCGCCCGUCAAUCCCGCUCCCGACGGCAUUUCGCCCGUCAAUCCCGCUCCCGACAGCAUUUCGCCCGUCAAUCCCGCUCCCGACGGCAUUUCGCCCGUCAAUCCCGCUCCCGACGGCAUUUCGCCCGUCAAUCCCGCUCCCGACAGCAUUCAUUCGCAUCGUCACCCCCUUCCAAGGGCCAUCCAGCCCACUUCCCCCUUCCCCUCGCUUCCUCCUCCUUCGGGCCAUCCAGCCCACCUCCCCCUUCCCCCUCGCUUCCUCCCCCUAAGGGCCAUUCCGCCCUUCUCCCCCUUCCCCCUUGCUUCCUCCCCCUAAGGGCCAUUCCGCCCACCUCCCCAUUCCCCCUCGCUUCCUCCUUCGGGCCAUCCAGCCCCCCUCCCCCUUCCCCUCGCUUCCUCCCCCUAAGGGCCAUCCAGCCCACCUCCCCCUUCCCCUCGCUUCCUCCUCCUUCGGGCCAUCCAGCCCACCUCCCCCUUCCCCCUCGCUUCCUCCUCCUUCGGGCCAUCCAGCCCCCCUCCCCCUUCCCCCUCGCUUCCUCCUCCUUCGGGCCAUCCAGCCCACCUCCCCCUUCCCCCUCGCUUCCUCCUCCUUCGGGCCAUCCAGCCCACCUCCCCCUUCCCCCUCGCUUCCUCCUCCUUCGGGCCAUCCAGCCCACCUCCCCCUUCCCCCUCGCUUCCUCCUCCUUCGGGCCAUCCAGCCCUCCUCCCCUUCCCCCUCGCUUCCUCCUCCUUCGGGCCAUCCAGCCCCCCUCCCCCUUCCCCCUCGCUUCCUCCUCCUUCGGGCCAUCCAGCCCUCCUCCCCCUUCCCCCUCGCUUCCUCCUCCUUCGGGCCAUCCAGCCCUCCUCCCCCUUCCCCCUCGCUUCCUCCUCCUUCGGGCCAUCCAGCCCACCUCCCCUUCCCCCUCGCUUCCUCCUCCUUCGGGCCAUCCAGCCCACCUCCCCCUUCCCCCUCGCUUCCUCCUCCUUCGGGCCAUCCAGCCCACCUCCCCCUUCCCCCUCGCUUCCUCCUCCUUCGGGCCAUCCAGCCCACCUCCCCCUUCCCCCUCGCUUCCUCCUCCUUCGCUUUCCGCCGCAGCAGCCCUCCUGCUGCCGCCACCGUUUCCCUUCCGCCGCAGCAGCCCUCCCGCUGCCGCCGCCGUUUCCCUUCCGCCGCAGCAGCCCUCCCGCUGCCGCCGCCGUUUCCCUUCCGCCGCAGCAGCCCUCCCGCUGCCGCCGCCGUUUCCCUUCCGCCGCAGCAGCCCUCCCGCUGCCGCCUCCGUUUCCCUUCCGCCGCAGCAGCCCUCCCGCUGCCGCCGCCGUUUCCCUUCCGCCGCAGCAGCCCUCCCGCUGCCGCCGCCGUUUCCCUUCCGCCGCAGCAGCCCUCCCGCUUCCGCCGCCGUUCCCCCUUCGCCGCCGCAGCCCUCCCGCUGCCGCCGCCGUUCCCCCUUCGCCGCCGCAGCCCUCCCGCUGCCGCCGCCGUUCCCCCUUCGCCGCCGCAGCCCUCCCGCUGCCGCCGCCGUUCCCCUUCGCCGCCGCAGCCCUCCCGCUGCCGCCGCCGUUCCCCCUUCGCCGCCGCAGCCCUCCCGCUGCCGCCGCCGUUCCCCCUUCGCCGCCGCAGCCCUCCCGCUGCCGCCGCCGUUCCCCCUUCGCCGCCGCAGCCCUCCCGCUGCCGCCGCCGUUCCCCCUUCGCCGCCGCAGCCCUCCCGCUGCCGCCGCCGUCUCCCUUCGCCGCCCCUCCCGUUGCCGCUCUGGCCUUUCCGUCUCCGCCGCCCUCGCCUCCUCUGCUGCGCCCUCUCCCGUCGCCGCUCCUCGCACCUUCGGCUGACUUGCGCCCUCACCUGCAGCUUCCGCUGCCGCACCCCCCUCCCCCCUUUCUCCCCCCCUCCUUCGGCCCCGGCUUCCUCAUUCCGGGGUUGUGCACCACUAUAA